GUCUUCUUGAGCUCUCCUUGGGAAAAUUCAGAAAUGUGCUACUUAACCAGACCAAUCCAGUGGAAGCUGUAAUCAGGAACAUUGCCAGCAAUGUGACUGUUAUUAUUUUUCAAGUACAUGCCCAGCAAAGUGAUGUGGUGAUAUCCUUUGAUAAGAAUCCAUCUGUGAACAGCUCAGGAACUGGAGUAGACAAAGGACUGGUUUCCAUCCUUCGGCCUCAACAGACCAUAUGUACAUGGUACCUUUGGUCACUGGAUGCUAGCCAGGUGCUUAGCACAGCUAUCUCUAUUCCCUAUAUGGAGAAAGAUCCUAUUCCUGGAGGCUGCAAUCUAGAAUUUGACUUGGAAGUGGAUCCGAAUAUUUACCUAGACUAUACAGUGGUGGAUAUACAUAUCAAAUUUGCCCCUGCAAACUUGGGAUAUGCCAGAGGAGCAAACCCACCACCCUGCGAUUCAGGGACUGGUCAGAACUCCAGAUGGCGGCUGCAUUAUGAUGUCUACCAGUACUUCUUACCAGAGAAUGAACUUUCUGAGAUGGUACUCAUGAGCCACAUACGGAAGAUGUCUGAGGUGCAAAGUAUCAAAGCUAAUGGCAUUAAAAUGCUUACACUAACAGCUGAUGACAAGACCAAUGUCUACUUUUCCUCACUUCCUGGACAAGGUGUGAUCUACAAUGUCAUAGUAUGGGAUCCUCUUUGGAAUACAUCUGCUGCAUACAUACCUGUGCAUACAUAUGCCUGCAGCUUUGCUGACCUAGUGGAUAACUGCUCUUCUCUUAGCAAACUCUCUACCAAAGUAUUCUUCACUGCUCUUGCUGUUCUUGGUCUUUUCACUUGCUUUUUUGGACACAGAUUCUGGAAAACAGACUUAUUCUUCAUGGGCUUCAUAUUCACAGGAUUCUUCUUCUUUGUGUUCAUUACAAGGGUAACCGGCCUUGGUUAUGAUGUGCGUCUUAUUUUGACAGCAGUAGCUGGAACUAUUGGAGGGCUUUUCCUGGUUGCAAGCUGGUGGAGAUUUGGCUCUGUCCUACUCUGUGUGUUUAUUAUUGGACUUGUGCUGGGAUUUCUCUUUUCAUCGAUGGUCUUCUUUACUCCACUAGGAGACUACAGGGUCUUCCGUGACGAUGUUGUGUUCUGGGUGACCUUUUCUUCUGUAGCCUUGAUGAUUCCAGUGCUUUUUGUUGGCUGCCCAAGAAUUCUAAACAUACUGGCCUCUGGAAUAGUAGGCUCUUAUGCAGUGAUCCUAGCUAUUGCUUGCUAUGUCUACACAAGUCUUGCUUACAUCACCUUAGACCUACUCAGAAGGGUCCUCAAUGAUUACUUCAGCAGAGCUUACACCAAUGUGCCUUUUCAAAGAAAUGACUUCAUUAUCCUGUCAGUGUGGAUAAUGCUGGCCCUCAGUGGAGUUACUGUGCAGCUUCGCCGAGAGAGAAGUGAAGUGCCCUUCCCACCACACCCCUAUCUCACCUGGAAGCGGGAAAGGGAGCGCAGAAGCACAAAUGUUUUAGACCCUAGCCAUCAUAUCCCUCCCCUAAGAGACAGGAUCCAUAACAAGCUACUGCAUAUCAAAGAACUUUUUCAGAAGGAGCAGCCGGCUGGGGAAAGAACUCCGUUGCUUCUGUAA